CGACGAUCCCCAUCGGCCCGCAUCGAUUUGUAUCGUGCUGCCGCUGCCGUCGCUGGGCUUCAACAUUCCUCCACCUGCGUCGCUGCAUCCUACGCCAUGACCGACUCUCAGCCUGUGAAGAUGGAGAAGGAUCUGUCGGCUGUCGCCGACGUCCAGAUCCCCGAAUCCGAAGCCUUGGCGCAAAAAGGAAAGGUUUCUGAAGCCCUGGAAAUCCUGCUGGUUCUCGAGAAGCAGACUCGCUCGGGCGCCGAUCUGGCCUCGAACACCCGAGUGCUCAUCCAAAUCCUGCGCAUCCUGUUCAAUGCCAAGGAUUGGAAGGGACUCAAUGAGCACAUUGUCCUGCUUUCCAAAAAGCAUGGUCUUUUGAAACAAGCCAUCACAAAAAUGACCCAAGAGGCCAUGACGUUCAUCGACAAGACUCCCGACGAAAAAACCAAACUCGAGCUGAUUGACACCCUGCGGGUUGUGACGGAAGGCAAGAUUUAUGUCGAAGUUGAGCGUGCGCGCGUUACUCGUCUGCUGGUCAAGAUCAAGGAAGAUGCUGGCAACAUCAGCGAUGCCGCCGAUAUUCUGCACGAGCUGCAGGUCGAGACCUUUGGCUCGAUGGAGCGGCGGGAGAAGACCGAUUUUAUCCUGGAGCAGAUGCGUCUGUGUCUUGCCAAGAAGGACUACAACAAAGUUCAGCUGAUCAGCAAGAAAGUCAGCCAAAAGUUCUUUGAUCUCCCUGAAAACCAGGAUCUGAAACUUCGCUACUACGAGCUGAUGAUCCAGCACGCUGUCCACUCGGACCAGUCGCUCAACGCUUGCAAGUACUACCGCCGCAUCUACGACACGCCAUCGGUGCAGGAGGACGAACAGAAAUGGACAGAGGCUCUGCGCUUUGUUGUUUUGUUCAUCAUCCUGUCGCCCUACGACAACGAGCAAUCGGACUUGAUUCAUCGCAUCAACGAGGACAAGAACCUGGCAAAGCUUGCUCCAUACAAGGAGCUCAUCAAGUGCUUCACGACGGAUGAGUUGAUGCGAUGGUCCAAGAUCACAGAGAUCUAUGGUACCCUGCUCCGAAACGCCUACAUCUUCCAGGCCAGCACCGAGGACGGCGAGCGACGAUGGAAGUUGCUGCACGACCGUGUCGUUGAGCACAACAUUCGUGUGAUCUCAAAGUACUACACUCGCAUCAGCACGAAGCGUGCAACCGAGCUGCUGGAUCUGCCCGUCAAGGAUGUGGAGGAAUUUCUUUCCAAAAUGGUGGUCUCGAAGACAAUCUACGCACGCAUCGACCGCUCGGCCGGUGUCAUCAGCUUUGUGGCCCGAAAGGACCCCAACGCGGUGCUGAACGACUGGUCCAACAACAUCAACCAGCUCCUCGAGCUGAUCGACAAAUGCGGCCACCUGAUCGCCAAGGAGGAGAUGGUGUACUCGAUCACCAAGACGGUCUGAUUGUGCCUGCCGCGCAUCUGUUUUCUCUUCGCGCUGGCGACUGAGACUGUGUUGCCAUUGGCACAGCCCAGGGCCAGGACACAUCACAUGGAUCCGAAGCAGACGCCCUGCUUUUAAGCCGGGUGUGUCACUUUCUGGGUUCUGAAUACACCCCCUCCAUCCCGCCCUGUGA